CUCCAACAUGAACAGAGGAGCAGCUGCACCCAGAGAGGAGGAGGAGGAGGAGGAAGAGGAGGAAGAGGAGGAGGAGGAAGAAGGUUUCUACGACUGCCAGGAGACUCUGGAGCCUUCAGAGAGGAGAAGAGGAGAGGAGCAGACAGACAGGCUGCAGGAGGAGCAGGGAGACAGGCUGCAGGAGGAGCAGGGAGACAGGCUGCAGGAGGAGCAGGGAGACAGGCUGCAGGAGGAGCAGACAGACAGGCUGCAGGAGGAGCAGACAGACAGGCUGCAGGAGGAGCAGACAGACAGGCUGCAGGAGGAGGAGUUGGAGUUUGACGAUGAGUCCCUGAGGGAGGAAGAGCAGCAGCUGACGGAGGAGCAGAGAGAGAGCCGUCGGCAGGAGAGCUUCAGUCUGAAGGAGGCCGGAAACACACACUUCAAAGCCGGAGAAUGGCAGGAGGCGCAGCGCUGCUACACCGAGGCUCUGUGUUUGUGUCCCGUCAGUUUCAGCAGAGAGAGAUCUGUGCUGUUCUCCAACAGAGCUGCUGCAAGAUUGCACCUGGAUCUGAAGGAUAAGGCGAUCUCAGACUGCACCAGAGCGAUCGAUCUGAAUCCUGACUAUGUUCGGGCGCUGCUGAGGAGGGCGGAGCUUCAGGAGCAGACGGAGAAACUGGACGAGGCGUUCGAGGACUACAAAAGAGUUCUGGAGCUGGACCCCAAGCAGGGGGCCGCACGGAGCGCCUGCAUGAGGUUGCCGCAGCAGAUUCAGGAGAGGAAUGAGAAGCUGAAGGAGGAGAUGAUGGGUAAACUGAAGGACCUGGGGAACCUGGUUCUGAGGCCGUUUGGACUUUCAACAAACAACUUCCAGAUGAACCAGGACGCUCAGACCGGGUCCUACUCCAUCAACUUCGUCCAGAACCCCAACAACAACAACAGAUGACAUCAACAUCACAACAACAACAACAGAUGACAUCAACACCACAACAACAACAUAUGACAUCAUUACAACAACAUAUGACAUCACCACAACAACAACUGAUGACAUCACCACAACAACAACUGAUGACAUCACCACAACAACAACUGAUGACAUCAUUACAACAACAUAUGACAUCACCACAACAACAACAGAUGACAUCAUGGUGUGUUUCCGGGGGAAUUAAAGCGUAUUUUUUUGUUUACUGUUUGUUGUUGUUUAUUAGUGUUUUUCUGGUAUCCAUGGUAACAGCUUCUGCAGCACCUGGAACAUGUUGUUGUUAAUAAAUAACUACUUUGUUUAUUUAAAA